UUCCCUUUCUAAACCUUUUUCCAUUCUCUCCAACACAUACAUAUAUAUGUUUACAACUAACAACUCUAUCUACUCACACCCUUCCUCUUCCUCCCUCUCACAUAUCAUUGACGAAUUCAGAGGGCUUUCAUAUCAUAGGAUGUCAGUUUCCAACAAGGAGGUGCGGUUAGCUGUGACUACCCCGAAGAAGCGUGGAGGGAGGAAGAAAUUCAAGGAAACUCGCCACCCGGUGUAUAGGGGUGUGAGGAGUAGGAACCUAGAUAAAUGGGUGUGUGAAAUAAGACAGCCUAACAAAAAGACCAAGAUUUGGCUAGGAACUUUUCCAACAGCCGAGAUGGCAGCUCGGGCCCAUGAUGUUGCGGCACUGGCGUUGAAAGGUGGCGACGCCUGUCUCAACUUUGCAGACUCGGCCUUGACGCUCCCUAUUCCUGCUACUUGCGAGACAAAAGAUAUACAAAAGACGGCUGCUGAAGCUGCUGAGGCAUUCAGACCAGGCAAGACUGUAAUGACAAAUGAUGUCGCGGCAUUGGCAUUAAGAGGUCGCAACGCCUGUCUCAACUUUGCAGACUCGGCCUCGCGGCUUCCUAUUCCUGCCACUAAAGAGACAAGAGAUAUACAAAACGCGGCUGCAGAAGCUACUGAGGCUUUCAGACCAGACAAGACUUUAACGACUAAUGACAAUGAAACCGCUGUAGCUGCAGCCGCCGCAGAGGAGCAGCUUAUGUUUAGUAUGGAAGAGGAAGAAGAAGAAGAGGAAGAGUUGAACAUUCCUGAGUCAUUGAGGAAUAUGGUUCUAAUGUCCCCUACACAUAGCUUGGGGCAUGAAUUUGAACAUAUUGAUCAUGGAGACUUUCAAGAUGAUGAGGUGUCACUAUGGAGUUUUACAAUUUGAUUUGUCAGCUUUACUUUUAUUUUUUUCUUCAUAUAAAUUUACUUUUAUUUUUUGAUUGAAGAAUUUAAAAUUGUUUGUACUGAACAAUUUUUCAUUAGUAGUACGGAUAUUGUAUAUACAUAGUUGAGAAUUGAAGAUCACUAUUUUUCAGGUUUUAGU